AUGGAGCCGCUUCAGCCAGUGCGCAGAGCCAACGGGGGACACACACGCUUCCACGCGGCACAAAUGGCUGCAAAUUUGUGGCGAACAUUCUCCGCGUCCAUCUGGAUAAUAACUCUCGUCUCAAGUUCGCGGACAAGGAUUUACCCACCAAACGAAGUGACCCUACUGGAUACCAGGACAGUGCCAGGAGAGUUGAAAUGGGAAGCCAGUCCUUCAGAGGGAGGGUGGGAGGAGGUAAGCAUUAUGGAUGAAAAGAACAUUCCCAUUCGAACCUACCAGGUGUGUAACGUCCUAGAGCCCAAUCAGAACAACUGGUUGAGGACAGACUGGAUCCCUCGGUCCGGAGCUCAGCGGGUCUACGUUGAAGUCAAGUUCACCUUGAGAGACUGUAACAGCCUGCCAGGAGUCACCGGCACCUGCAAGGAGACAUUCAAUCUGUAUUACCAUGAGUCCAACGAUGAUAGAGAGAGUUACAUCAAAGACAGCAGCUUCAUCAAGGUCGACACCGUGGCUGCUGACGAGAGCUUUACCCAGGUGGAUGUUGGCGACCGUAUCAUGAAGCUGAACACGGAGGUCCGCGAUGUAAAAGUCACGACGCGGAAAGGUUUCUACUUGGCCUUUCAGGAUGUUGGUGCCUGCAUCGCCUUGGUUUCUGUCAGGGUAUUCUACAAAACCUGCCCUCUCACUGUCCGAAACCUGGCCACAUUCCCUGACACUGUCACCGGAGCCGACACUUCCUCCUUAGUGGAGGUCAGGGGUUCCUGUGUCAACCAAUCAGAAGAGAAGGAGGAGCCUAAAAUGUACUGUGGCGCUGAUGGAGAGUGGCUGGUUCCUAUUGGUGGAUGUCACUGUAACCCAGGAUACGAAGAAAAGAGUGGAGCAUGCAAAGCUUGUGCUGUAGGUUUCUACAAGGCCAAGGUUUCAGAUGCAGGAUGCUCCAAGUGUCCCCCACAUAGCCACUCUGUCAGAGAGGGAGCUACAGUCUGUACCUGCCACUCUGGAUAUUUCCGUGCCGAGACCGACCCUGCCUCCAUGGCGUGCACACAGCCACCAUCGGCGCCACAGCAGCUGAUCUCAGCGGUGAACGAGACCUCAGUGGUGCUGGAGUGGAGCCCCCCCCACCGACUGGGAGGACGCACUGACACCAGUUACAGCCUGGACUGCCUCAUCUGUGAGACUGGAAGCCAGAGCCAGACUGCGGGUAAAGCCCUGCCCAGGAAUCACACCGUGUUCCAGCCCGAGGCUCAGCACGGCGGCCCGGGGAUGCAGUCCGACCAGGGGAUUGUGGGAUCUGACAUCCAGUCGGGGAGGGGUGCGUUCCAGAGCGGGCUGACAUCUGAGGAUUUCACAAGACCUGGCUCUGCGUCUUCUUCUCGCUCCCAGCUCUGCCUGCCCUGCGGGCCGGACGUGCUCAUCUCCCCCGGCUGGUCCGGCCUGAAGACCACCAGGGUCGUAGUGAGCGAGCUGAGGGCGCACACACACUACACCUUCAUCAUCCACGCACACAACGGGGUCUCUCAGGCCAGUGGUGCAGGGGCAGGACAGAGUGCGUCUGUCACCGUCACCACCAACCAAGCUGCUCCCUCUCCGGUCACGUCCAUCCAAGCCUCUGAUGUCACCAGGCACAGCUUGUUGUUGUCGUGGCAACAACCAGAUCGACCCAACGGCGUCAUCCUGGAGUACGAGGUCAAGUUCUAUGAAAAGGAUCAGAGAGAGCGGUCCUAUCGCAUAAUGAGGACCUUGUCCCGGAGUGCUGAUGUCACCGGACUCAACGCCCUCACUGAGUACGUGUUUCAUGUGCGAGCGCGCACUGCUGCUGGCUACGGAGAGUUCAGCGCCCCGUUUGAAUUCUCAACCAAUUCAGAUCCUUUCCCUCUGAUUGGCGAAGGAGUUAACUCUGCACUCCUGCUGCUGUCUGUCAGUGGGGUGGGGAUUUUAUUGCUGAUCUCCACAGCUGUCUUCAUCAUUAGCCGCAGGAGGAGUAAGUACAGCAAAACAAAGCAGGACUCAGAGGAGGAGAAACAUCUUAACCCAGGAGUCAAAAUCUACGUGGAUCCGUUCACCUAUGAAGACCCUGAUCAGGCCAUUCACGAGUUCGCCAAAGAGAUUGAUGUUAGCAACAUUCACAUUGAGAGGGUUAUUGGCAUGGGAGAGUUUGGAGAGGUGUGCAGUGGUCGGCUGCGCGUCCAGGGAAAGAGGGAGAUCUACGUGGCCAUCAAGAGCCUGAAGGCAGGAUACUCUGACAAGCAGAGGCGGGACUUCCUGUCCGAGGCCUCCAUCAUGGGACAGUUUGAUCAUCCCAACAUCAUCAGGCUGGAGGGGGUGGUCACUAGAUGCAAGCCACUGAUGAUCAUCACAGAAUACAUGGAAAAUGGAUCCCUGGACGCCUUCCUCAGGAAACAUGACGGCCAGUUCACGGUGAUCCAGCUGGUCGGCAUGCUGCGUGGCAUCGCCUCGGGUAUGAAGUACCUGUCAGACAUGAGCUAUGUUCACCGAGACCUGGCGGCUCGAAACAUCCUGGUGAACAGCAACCUGGUGUGUAAGGUGUCUGACUUCGGUCUCAGUCGGGUUUUGGAGGACGACCCGGAGGCUGCCUACACGACAAGGGAGGCCACUGGGACCUACCACUCUCCUGGAGGGAAGAUCCCCAUCAGAUGGACCGCUCCAGAGGCCAUAACGUACAGGAAGUUCACCUCGGCCAGUGAUGUGUGGAGUUAUGGGAUCGUCAUGUGGGAGGUGGUGUCAUACGGAGAGAGACCUUACUGGGACAUGAAUAACCAAGAUGUGAUCAAAGCGAUAGAGGAGGGCUACCGUCUGCCUGCCCCUAUGGACUGUCCCAUGGUGCUGCACCAGCUCAUGUUGGACUGCUGGGAGAGAGACAGAGCGGAGAGACCCACCUUCAGCCAGAUACUUAACAUGCUCGACAAACUCAUCCGCAACCCUGGGACGCUGCGCAGGACGGGAGGAGACAGACCCACACCCACCAUGUUGGAGUCAGGGGUGGGCUCGGAGGUGUGUGUGUCGGUGGUGCCGGAGGUGUGUGUGCCAGAGUGGUCGGUGUGCGAGUGGCUGCAAGCCAUAGGGAUGGAGAGGUACCGAGACACGCUGGCAGCAGCAGGAUACACCACCCUGGACAGCCUACUGAGCCUCACACACCAGGAGAUGGACAGGAUUGGAAUCAUCACACUGGCACAUCAGGACAUAAUUAUUGCCAGUGUGCAGCAUGAAAUGCUGUCCCAAAUGCAACACAUACAGAACAGAAUGGUUCCAGUCUGAGCCGGAGAACGGAUACAAAUCUGUCUUAAGAGGAAUUUCAUUUACCUCAUCCAUGCACUUUAGAGGGACUUUUCAAAAGCGGGACACAAGAAGUGGAAGGAAAAAAUGUAAAAAAAAAAAAAAAAAAAAAAAAAAAUGAAAAGUGAAAAGAGAGACAGAGAGAAAAGCAGCACUUUUGUAAACUUCCGUCCUGCAGUUUUGUAGAACCGUGAUUGGAAAGUGGACAGAUAGCAUAAGCUACUGAAACGCUUGGGCUGAAGCCUCAUCCUCUUAUUCAUUUCUGUUUUUUUUUUUGUUGUUUUUUUUUUUUUGUUGUUCUUUGAUUAUCUGUCUUUUAAAGGCUGACAUGUAAGGCUGUGCAUAAGCAGAAUGGCUUCCGACGUUUUCUUUUGCUGCUUUGGGCUUGACUUGAAAAAUGA